GGGUUUAACACGUGUUAAAUCAUGUUUGUGUAGUUCCUAUAUAUGCCCCCACACAUAAAAGAAGACUAAUAAAUGCUUCAACAUCACAAUCGAAAGUGAAAUUGUAAGGGAAAAGGAUAAGAGGGAGAAUAAGAAAAGGGUAGAAGAGGAGAGGAGGAUGUGGUGGUGGUACACGUCAAGUUUCCGGUGGCCGGAUUUAAACCUUUCGGUGCCGUGGUCGAUUUUCAGGUGGCCGGAGUUAAGCCUUUCGGUGCCGUGGUCCAUUUUCCGGUGGCCGGCGUUGGACUUUUCGUAUUGGAACGUAGAAGGCGUGAUUCAGUGGAACUUGUCGUUGGUUGAUGACGUGUUAUGGGCCUUGAUUACGGGCCUUGAGUCCAUAGCUUUGGUCGCCUUGCUCUGCUACUUCUUCGUCUGUUGUGGUUGUACUCUCUGAUCUAAUUCUCAUUUAUUUAUUUUGUUUUUCUCUCUCUAUAUAUUUUAUAUUUAAAAAAUGAAUUGUAGUUAAUAUAUUUGUAAAGUUGAUUGUAGCGGAAUUUUAUCCUUUUUAUAUGUGUUGUGCUGUGAAUUUGGUAGCUGUGAUAACUUUUUGGGUUGUUUUGGUUCUGCUUGAUGAAUGACAAACGGAUAAAACCAGUUCUUUAAUGA